UGUUAGGUUAUAUUCUGAAUCGUAUUCAAACUUAUGGCAAUUUAGAGUAUCUUGUGAAACCCUUUUUUGUUAAGAAGUGCUCCCCUUUGUCUAUAAUGUCUUCAUCGUUUGUUUUCUCAUCAUGGGUACCUACCACGAUCCCUACAUCAACAGUUCUCUCAUCCAUUAACCCUACCCACUCGGUAGGGUUGAUAAGCACCCUUACAUCUGCUACAGCCGAUAUGGCAACCGCUACAAAGCUUGCGAGCUUGAUGCAUAUUUCCCAGGACAUCCGGGGUGCUCAAGCAUCUCUUGAUAUUAUCAUGGCACAACAAGUACUAGCCACUGCCACUGUUGCUAGUGUACAAUCCCAAGCUACUCAGGCUAUUUUCAAUGCCACUUUGAAUUUAAAGGCGUUAGAAUGGGAUGAAAAUGCUUAUGGUACUGAUCUUAGUAUGGCUGCUAAUGUCAUUUUCACGGUACUUUUCGGUAUUGUGUUCCUUGUUCAAACUGGACUUUUAACUUGGCUGAGAUUUUUUUAUUUUGGUGGUUGUCUCUUUUGUGGUGCUGGGUUGGAGUUUGCUGGCUAUUUAACAAGAUCCCUUGCCGUCAAUGACACUAGUGAUUCUGAUUAUUUCUUAUGUCAAAUCAUCACCUUAACAAUCGCACCAGCAUUCAUUAUGGCCGGAAUUUAUUAUCUAUUAGCCAAAUUAAUCGUGGUACACGGUCAUGGUCGUACAUUUUCCAUGCUCAAACCGAUCUGGUACUCAUAUAUCUUUGUGAUUUGUGAUGUCUUAAGUUUAGUUAUUCAAGCCAUUGGUGGAGGUAUGGCUGCAGUUGCAGUCAUUGAUUUUGAAGAUACUGAUUCAGGUACUCAUGUUAUGGUUGCAGGUAUUGCCUUCCAAGUAGUUUCCAUGACUUUAUUCUUAUUUUUUUGGUUUGAUUUCUUACAUCGAAUUUAUUUUAAGGUUAAUCCAAAUGUUUCCUUCACUUUCCAUAAUGUCAUUGCACUCGUUAAUAAUGGUAAAAGAGCUGAUGAUAUUAGAGCUCAAUGUGAACCAUAUUUCGAUCAAAACCAUGCCCAUUUAAGACAUGGUAAGUUUUUCAAAUGGUUCCCACACGUUGUCACUGGAAGUGUACUCUUCAUUUAUAUUCGUUGUAUUUAUAGAGUGGUUGAAUUGGCUCAAGGUUGGACUGGAUAUUUGAUCACACAUGAGGUUUAUGUUAUGACCUUAGAUGCCAUGAUGGUAUUCUUCACAUGUGCCUUAUUAUCUAUAAUCCAUCCUGUUCUCUUUUUAGGACGUGAUGAGAACCUUAAAUUAAGAAUUUCUAAAAAGGAUAUUGAAGCUGAUAAGAGUCCAGAUUAUGAAGAGGGUCGAUCUAAUGAAAAAGAAAAUCCAUUCCAGUAAUUAAUCGUCAUUCUCCCUCCUUCUCCCUCCUUCUCCCUCGUAUACAUUCAGUAAUUUAUGAAGGUAUGCCUAAUUAUUUAAUGUAUA